AUGAAUGUGUUGUGUUUAAUAUUCCUUGUUGGUGUCGCCGCGUCUGUGCACGGACAAACCUUGGUUGAAGAAGUGAAAGGACCGAAGCAUGGUAAAAAGGUGGUGUGCUACAUAGCUACCUGGGCGGUCUACCGGCCGGAUCCUGGCAGAUUCAGCUUGGAGGACCUGGAGCCAGCAUUAUGCACCCACCUGGUGUACUCUUUCGCUGGUCUCAAUGAAACUUCUAACACUAUUAAGAGUCUUGAUCCCUGGCAAGACCUGGAAACAGAUUAUGGCAAAGCUGGAUAUAAGCGCCUGGUGGCCAUGAAGAACAAGUACCCACACUUGAAGGUGACCCUGGCCAUCGGAGGAUGGAACGAGGGGUCUCCAAGGUAUUCCAACAUGGCCAGCAAAGCGGAGUCCAGAGCUGCUUUCAUAAAGAGCGUUUUGCUCAUGCUGAAUAACUACAAAUUCGACGGUUUGGACUUGGAUUGGGAGUACCCCACCAAAAGGGAUGGCAAACCAUAUGAUAGGGAAAACUUCGUUCUUCUCGUUAAGGAACUUAGUGAAGCGUUUGAGCCACAUGGCUACAUCUUAACAGCGGCGCUUGGAGCUGGUAAAUCCACUAUGGAGACGGCCUAUGACCUGGCUAAAUUGAGCCGAUAUUUGGACCUCAUACAUAUGAUGUGUUAUGAUUACCAUGGUACCUGGGACGGGGUGCUGGGAGCCAACGCCCCGCUGAAAGGAAUUAAUGAUAAUGAUACUUUAAGCGUGGAAUGGACAGUAGAAUACCUCCUGGCUCAUGGCGUGAGUCCUUACAAGAUGGUGCUGGGUCUACCGAUGUAUGGUCGGACCUUCUUGUUGACAGACCCUGGCUCCAGAGUCCUGGAGUACGGCUCCACUCCCGUCAAGGCUACUGGAUUUAAGGGACCUUACACUGGUGAAGCUGGUUUUAUGGGGUAUAAUGAGAUCUGUGCCGAGACGAUGAACAAAUCUUCCCCCUGGGUGUAUCAUUGGCAUGAGCAGUCCGCCACACCAUACCUUAGAGAUGGGGAGAAGGUCAUCUCCUAUGAUAACGGACGGUCUAUUGCUAUUAAAAUCAAGAUGGCCAUAGACAAGGGUUUAGGCGGUCUCAUGGUGUGGUCCAUAGACACAGAUGACUUCAGAGGCAAUUGCAAUGAAACCGAUGCGUACAUAGACUUCGUGGAACGCCACAGAAGGAUGGUGAACGACCCCGUCGUCAACAAGGCUAUUAGGAACCUGAAUAUACCUGAUGUAACCCUAGUAGGCUCCAAAGGCCCAGCCUACGUGCUACAAGACAACCAACUCCACCUGCGCCUGCCCCAGCCAAAAUACACGAACUACGCGCUAAUGCAGACGAUAAACGACGCUAUUACCUUAGCCGUAGAGGAGAAAAGGAUUUUAGAUGAAGUUAAACGCCUGGAGAGUGACAAUGAGGUCAGAAGUGAGAAGGACAAAGGAGGUAAUGGACAUAGUAUUAGAAGUAGUGUAAUUGGCAUUGUCCUUUGUGCUUUAGUUGCGUUGAAAUUGUAG